UGCUGAGGGCAAAGGGAAAAGUGGGGAAGACUUUUUUCAAAAGAUUAUGGAGGAAACAAAUACACAGAUUGCUUGGCCAUCAAAGUUGAAGAUCGGAGCAAAAUCAAAAAAAGAUCCCCAUAUUAAAGUCUCUGGAAAAAAGGAAAAUGUUAAAGAAGCUAAAGAGAAGAUCAUGUCUGUCUUAGACACAAAAAGCAAUCGAGUAACCUUGAAGAUGGAUGUUUCCCAUACAGAACAUUCUCAUGUGAUAGGUAAAGGUGGCAAUAAUAUUAAAAAAGUGAUGGAGGAAACAGGAUGCCAUAUCCAUUUUCCAGACUCAAAUAGGAAUAAUCAAGCAGAAAAAAGCAACCAAGUGUCUAUUGCAGGACAGCCAGCUGGAGUGGAGUCGGCAAGAGUUAGAAUACGGGAGCUGCUUCCUUUGGUACUUAUGUUUGAAUUGCCUAUUGCUGGAAUUCUCCAACCAAUCCCAGAUCCUAAUUCUCCCACAAUUCAGCAUAUAUCUCAGACUUAUAAUAUAUCUGUUUCGUUUAAACAACGCUCUCGAAUGUAUGGUGCUACAGUAAUUGUCAGAGGGUCGCAAAGUAACACUAGCGCUGUGAAGGAGGGAACAGCCAUGCUUUUGGAGCACCUAGCUGGGAGUCUGGCCUCUGCGAUCCCCGUGAGCACACAGCUAGACAUUGCAGCACAGCAUCAUCUCUUUAUGAUGGGUCGAAACGGCAGUAACAUCAAACAUAUCAUGCAGAGGACUGGUGCUCAGAUCCACUUCCCUGACCCUAGUAAUCCACAGAAGAAAUCCACUGUCUACCUCCAGGGCACAAUUGAGUCUGUCUGUCUUGCCAGGCAAUAUCUCAUGGGUUGCCUUCCUCUUGUGCUGAUGUUUGAUAUGAAGGAAGAAAUUGAAGUAGAACCACAGUUUAUAACACAACUAAUGGAGCAGUUAGACGUCUUCAUAAGCAUUAAGCCAAAGCCAAAGCAACCAAGCAAGUCUGUGAUUGUAAAAAGUGUUGAACGAAAUGCCUUAAACAUGUACGAGGCACGGAAAUGUCUCCUGGGACUCGAAAGUAGUGGAGUCACCAUAGCGUCAAAUCCCUCUACUGUCUCUUGCCCUGUUGGUCUUUCUUGUCCUGGUUUGGAUAUCUUGUCCUCAGCAGGACUAGGACUCACUGGACUUGGCCUUCUAGGUCCAACAGCCCUGUCGGUUAACACCUCAACUACUCCAAAUUCGCUUCUGAAUGCCCUGAACAGCUCUGUGAGCCCCCUACAGAGUCCAAGUUCUGGCACACCUAGCCCGACGUUGUGGGCAACAUCUCUUGCUAACACAAAUGCCACAGGUUUUUCUGCUAUUCCACACCUAAUGAUACCAUCUACUGCCCAAGCCACUUUAACUAGUAUUCUGUUAUCUGGAGUGCCCAGUUACAGUCAGAACACUCCCUCACCACCACCAGGCUUGACUCCUGUUGAAGUCCAUGUCAAUGGCAUGCAACCAGAGAAUAAAAAAGGAUCCCCUUCUUUAAAUGGCCAUGUCAAGACAUCAAAUCUCAAGUACGCUGCACUAUCUGCCACAUCGCUGGGAGAAAAUAUGUUGAGCACAAACCACGGUGAUCCAUCAAGGCAGACAAGUAGUCAUGGUGCCUCUGAACAAGUAACGGCCAAGUCAAGUAGUGCAGAAGGUUGCAAUGAUGCUUUUGUAGAAGUGGGCAUGCCGCGAAGUCCGUCCCAUUCAGCAAAUACCAGUGACCUGAAGCAGAUGUUGAGUGCUUCCAAACAGGCCUGUUCAAAGAGGCAAACGGUGGAAUUGCUGCAAGGCACCAAAAACUCUCACUUACACGCCGCUGAGAGGCUGCUCUCGGACGCGGAGCUGGGCGCCGCCGAGGGCCCCGUGGCCGACAAGAAGGCUCCGGGCAGCGAGCGCGCGGCGGAGCGCGCAGCGGCCGCGCAGCACGGCUCGGAGCGCGCCGCGCGCCUCGCGCCGCAGCCCGCCUACGGCAGCAUGCAGGCAUUUGACUAUGAACAGAAGAAGCUACUAGCAACCAAAGCUAUGCUAAAGAAGCCAGUUGUAACAGAAGUGAGAACUCCAACAAAUACAUGGAGUGGAUUAGGAUUCUCCAAAUCUAUGCCUGCAGAAACUAUCAAGGAGCUAAGAAGAGCUAAUCAUGUAUCAUACAAACCAUCUAUGACAACGACAUAUGAGGGUUCGUCACUGUCCCUCUCACGGUCCAACAGUCGGGAGCACCUGGGAACUGGCAGUGAAUCUGAUAACUGGAGAGACCACAACGGGCUUGGACCUGCGGCUCAUAAUGAAUUUGUGUCCUCAAUAGGCAGUCCCAAACGGAAACAAAAUAAAUCAGCUGAACACUAUCUCAGCAGCAGUAAUUACAUGGACUGCAUUUCCUCGCUGACGGGCAGCAAUGGCUGUAGUCUGAACAGUUUGUUUAAGGGAUCUGACCUGCCUGAGCUGUUCAGCAAACUCGGUUUGGGCAAAUACACAGAUGUAUUCCAACAGCAAGAGAUUGAUCUGCAGACAUUCCUUACUCUUACUGAUCAAGAUUUGAAAGAGCUAGGAAUUACCACUUUUGGUGCCAGAAGAAAAAUGCUGCUUGCAAUCUCAGAACUGAAUAAAAACCGAAGAAAGCUCUUUGACCCAUCAAACCUACGUGCCUCGUUCCUGGAAGGUGGAGCUAGUGGAAGGCUGCCACGCCAGUACCACGCGGACAUUGCUAGCGUCAGCGGUCGCUGGUAGCAGUAAGUGGUGCCUCGCUCAGCUGCAAAGAUGGACAUGGCCACCCUGUGGACAGCUGUCCCUGCACAACCACCCUCUGCACUUUGGGAGUCUGGGUAUCAAGGACCAAAGCGUUUUUGUCUGCACAAUACUGUGCCAAAAAAAAAAAAGAGGAAACACAUUUUGCUGUUGUCUUUCAAAACACCAAAUGUGGGUUAUGUUUUACUCAUGUAGAUUGGACAGAAUUUGCAAUAAUAAUAAUAAUAUAGGGAUCUUUGUUUAGUAUUUUAUUACCUAUAACUAUAAUGUAUGCACUGAAUUUUUACUUUGUUGAAUGAAGGAAGAAUGAAAAGCUGGGAUGCCAGAGAGCAUAGAUUUUUUUGGUUUUAUCAAGAUGGAUUUUUCUGGUACUGCUUAAGAUAAUUAUUGAGGUCUUUCUGCACUUUACAUGUUCUGAUUUCUUGUCCUGUGGAAAUUUACUUCUUUCAUUUCUGUAUCAAUUGCUAUAUUGGCACUAAUCAAAACAUUUCAGAUGUUCCUGCUUUAGGUCACAUCUCACUAUAAUGGUACUAGAAGUUGAUUCUUAUGCGUUCCUGUGCAGAUUUCUUCUGUCUCUCUUUCUUUCUUUCUCUCUGUUUCCCCGGUAGUUAUCUGGAAAGAUUGUUCCAAAAUCAAACCACUUAGUAGUGGACCAAUGCUAUUAUGCUCCUGAGCAGUCUAGAGCUGCUUGCAAUGAAAAUAAUUCACUGUAACAGAUGCAAUGAAAGACCAAAAUGGACCUUGCAAUAUUAACCCUUUGCAGUCAUCAUAUUUAACUGCUGCCUGUAAUGCUAAAACUGUUUUUAAUGGUUGUCUUGGAGCAAAGGGCUAUUUUUAGUAUCCUUCCACUAAAGGACACUUAUUUAUAUCAGACUUUUAUUUUUAGAUUCUAUACACCUACAAUACAUAACAGAUUAACUGAUCUACUGCAGAUUUUUGGUAGAGAAAGAAAGGCAUUCAUCAAACUAGAGCUGUGGGCUGUCAGUUUGAUUAAACAGAAAACUAAUCUAAUUUGACAAGACAGCACUGUUGCCAUUUAAUAAAUGACGUAUGUUACUUACCUGACUAUGCAUGCAGCAAUUAAGCAACCUACAGAAAUAGGUGUGAUAGCAUCUGUUUUGUUCAAUUUAGAUUUGCAAUUGUCAGCUGCAAAACUCUUGAGAUGAACUAUUUCUGAAACAAGUUAUGUUCAACAGAAAGAGUCCAUAUUAUAAGUGGAUAGAGAAACUAUUGCAUUCCUAUACUGUGAAAGUCCAAAAAAAAAUUGGCAAUACUAUUCCUCUGUCCUUAUGGAUUAUUUUUUUGUUAUGGGUUUAUGAAGGGUUCUCAUUAUAAUGAAGGAAUUCAUGAAGUGCCUCUUUCUGCAAUGCAAUAUGAAGUUUCCAAACAUUAAUUUUUUUGAAAAUCAUUCCCAUAGGAACUAUUGUUAAUUACCUCUACUGUAAUGUAUUUAUGCUCAGUGUAUUAGCCUUUUGAGAUGGACAUAAACCACUGUCAAGUGCUCUUAAAAGAAGGCAUUAGAAUAACAUUUACAGUAGUUGGUUUUUAUGCAAAAAUGGGUGAGAAACAGUUUUGACACUUUUCCAUGGAUAAUUCUUUUAAGGUGAGAAAGCAAAAUGAUGUAUAGAAAUAUUUGAACACAAAAAGGGAAUUUAAAGAAGCUAUUACUUGAGGGCAUAGAUGAUCAAGUGAUAAUAAAAUGCCUUGUGGUUAGCAAGAACAGACUGCUCAGUACUCAAGUCAGCCAUAUUUACUUAAUGGUGUGUAGCUGGGUGCCUUCCACUGUAGGUAAAGUCGCAGUUAACUUGCUCUGCUUUUAAAAUUGUACUACAAAUUAGAAUGGAUAAGUCUUCCA